AUGGAUCAAAUGGACUGGUUAUUUCAAAGCAAAACGGUGUUUUUUCUGCCCAGCAAAAUUAUAUCUGAUUUUAUUUUAGCGAUUCUCCGAGUCGACAAAUGGAUGCUGAGCCGGCCGACAUUCAUUUUAGGUCUAUACUGGCAAAAUCCUGAUGCUACACGCAAAAAAAUCAAUCAGCGUUGCUAUACCGUAUCAUUGGAGCGUCAAAGCUCCAGCAAGAAGAUGCUUUUGGAAAACCGAUAUUCUAAACCGAUGGAAAAUAUCGAAAUGCUUUCCAAUAUAUUUCUCCAACUCCACAUCCAGACGCCUCCAUCUCGUUUAAUCAAACAAAAGAUCGCGUCUUGUCCAGACGGAAAUGCAGUUUGGGGCUUUAGUCCUGCGGGUUAUCGUGUCUAUUUGGUGCUUUUUGACAUUGUAUGCUAUAACUGUGGUCAACUUGGACUAAAUUCCUCAACAAUUUGGGGCUUGGCUGUCGAACCUUUGCGACUUCUGGUGCUCAUGCUUACUUAG